GUGAUUGCAGUGCUAGAGUCAAAAGGCAUGCACGAGCACAGCAUCCUCCGUGGCAGCAGUAACCACCCAAUUGUCGUCUCGAAGGUGGGUUUGAGAGGUGACCCGGGGCCCGGCACUAAUCAGUGCCGGAUCACAGGAGCCUCGAAAACCAAUCACUUCGUGGUUAGUACAGAUGAGCACUUUUAG